AAAAAAUCAAGCUAAUUUGAAACACCUUUUUUUCCUUAAAAUUUGAAAUAAGGUUAAAUUUUUUUUCCAGCUAAAUUUUGGGUUCAUCCACCACGGCCAGCUGGUAGCAUUGGCUCUGCUGUAAUUUCAGGGUGAAUUUGACUUCCUUGAGCCUCCAGGCUGUAUAGGACAGGAGAGGCCAUUUCAGUCAGGGUAAUGGAGCCAGAUGGUCCCAAUGGAGGGUGCCAAGGCCCCAGCAGGGAUGGAUGCACAUUCGACAGACGAGGGGCGAUGGCAAAUGUCAGUGGUCCACCCUUUCCUGGAGAGAGGAGCUCUGGCCUUCUGCUGGUGGAUUUUGCCAUUGCUCUUGCAGACUUGCUCAGUCUGGUGUAGUAAGUGUCCAGGCUGCUAGCUCCCAGUGAGUAGGGAGGCAGGAGGUGAUGGCACUUGCUGGGGCCAGUUGGCAGCCACUGGGGCUGUCUGAUGAAAUCCACUUUUGGCAUUCUCAGAGUCUUUCAAAGGAAUCUGGGUAAGCCCUGUAACCUUGUGCCGUUGGUUCACUUGGCUUCUUAGAGGGGAGUAAUAAUUAAACUGAAGCCAUAAGUCACUGGAUCUUUGUGGAUCUUAGUGGUUUUCAGUUGUGAAAAUUGAAACCUAGAAUCACAGAACCAUCUCUAAAUAUCACCCUAGUUUCUGUGGUUUGUUCUUGACUUGAGGGCAUUGAUCUGGAGAAAAAGAUUCUCCUAAGAGUCAUAUAUCCUGAAUUUACGUAUCUGUGCAACAUAUUUAGGAACAGUACCACUUUAACCUCUCUGAAUUUCAUCUGAAAAAAGUGACCACAAUAAUAGUUGCUUUAAAGACAAGUGAGAGCUUGUGUUUUAUGAGUGAGGCACAGAGUAAGCUCUUACUGGAUAUUAGUUACUGUAAUAAUGAUAGAUUUAGGCCAAGUCAUCUGACCCCACUGUGUGGAUUUGUGAUUGAUCAUUGGGAUUCUUUAGUCCUGGAACAAAGUUAUUUUCCUUUCUGAAUUAAUUGCAGCCUUUGUACCCUGAACUAAACUUGAAAAUGCAACUCUUUAUUAAAAGAUACCUGCGUUAGUCAGCUUUUCAUCACUGUACACAGAAUACCUGACAGGAACAACUAGAGAAGGGAAGGUUUAUUUUGGCUCAUGGUUUCAGAGGAUUUAGUCCUUGGUCAGGUAGCUUCACUCCUUUGGACCUGAGUGAGGCAGAACAUAAUGGCAGAAGGGUGUGAUGGAGGAAGGCACUCGGCUGAUGACAGCCGGGAAGUAGAACUAGAGAUAGAAAGGGCCAGGGAUAAGAAAUACCCUUCCAGAUACACCCUCAGUGCCUACUUCCUCCAACCAUUCCCCACUGCCUCCCUAGUCCACUCAGCUAUCUGCAGUUUAAUCCAAUGGAUUAGUCCACUGAUCAGGUCAUGGCCCAAUCAUUGCCUAAAAUUUUGCCCCAACUCUUGCUGCUUUGGGGAUUUCAACAUACGGGGCACAUUUGGGUGGGGAGGUGUCUUUCAGAUCCAAACCAUAUCAACUCCCAAAGCACAAUAACUUAAACAAAUAAAAAGGUUUUGGUUCUGUUCAUCUUUCUUUCUCUAUCAGGACCAUCCAUUUGACCCAUACUGGUCCAUAACUAGGAUGGUACCUUAAUAGAUGAAUUCCUUCCUGUUGUUUCUCUGCCAGCCUGAGAGUGCUGGCCCCAUCUUCAGUCAGAGAUGGCUCAUCACAAAAUCAUUUCAACUGUCACAUGACCCAGCUUGCUGCAAGGGAGGCUGGGAAAUGUGCACUUGAGCACACCAGACAUCCUGCUGCUAAAGCUUCCUUGUAGAAUAGAAAAUGAGGAAACAUUCAGUGUACUGAACGCUAGAGCAGCCUGCCACCUGUAUUUGUAAUAAAGUGGGAUUGGAACACCGCCGUGCCUGUUGGUUUACAAAUUGUCUAUGUCUACCUUCAUGUCUCAGUGGAAGAAUUGAGUUGCCACGGAGGCCAUAUGGCCUGGAAAGCCUACAGUAUUUACUAUCUGGCCCUUAGCAGAAGUUUGCUGACGUCUGCUUUAGAAAAUAGGGAAAUGAAUAUGAGGGGAGUAAUUCAUAGUUUGUACCACAGUUUACUACAUGGUAUGCGCAUGAGUCACUGCUGUGGAGAUGGCAGAGUUAGGACUUUGUACUUAUGAAUACUCGUGGUCCAUGGGGGGUGGUGAAUUGGUAUGCAGGUGGUUGUUGGAAAAGGAGCCAGACAUGAGGUAAUCUGGUGGAACUGAAGGGGGAAGGUGCAAAAGCUUGCCUUAGUUUCCAUCUUUAGAGGUCAUACCCUAAGGGCUUUCUCCUCUUCCUGCAGCCCUUGGCACCAUCCUGCAUUUGAUUCUUGCUUGGGUCCCACUGCCACUCGUGUAGGUCAGACCCUUCCCACCCAUUGCUCUUACUGGUCUCCCUGCCUGGAGUCUCGGCCUCCUCCAAAGUCCCUCUGGAAGCGUGACUCUUUGUUUUUUCCCUCAUAAAGACUUUCCAGUGAGUCCCCAUUGCCUCCUCAUUAGAGGCUAAGCAUGGUUUGUCAUUGAAGGUCCCCCGGCUCCUUGGCCCUAGUCUUCACUUCCGAUCCUGUUUCCUCUCACAAUCUCACAGGCACUCUGGACUCCCGCCUCGUGGAAGCACCCUGUGCCCACUCUGCACUGUGCCAUCUGCACAUAUUCUUCCUGUUGUCUCCUCUGUGUCACCUGCCCAGAGGCUUCGGCACAUGGUAGGCACAUUCCUGGCUGGGGCUGAGGAGGACAUUGGCACUUGUAGGAGGAUGUGGGAGGUCCAUCCCCUCUCUAGCUGUGCCCCUUCUUCCACGCUAAGGCCGAACACUCCCUCCUAGAAUGUUCUUCAUGCUUUCUUGAUGUCCUCUCACGUCCUUGCUACUUCCUGUGUUGGAUUCCCUGUCCAUCUCUAAUUUUGCUGAACCUGGACCUGAGGUCAGGUCCAGAUCUGCUGGAGCUGCACGUUCUUCACUUUCUUCUAGUAAGUGCCUGGUGCCUGUCAUGGGUCAGUGUUAUAGUGAUGCCGUCUACAACCAGGGCCAUCUACAAAUUGGUGCUUUUUCCUAAAAAUGUCCCUUACCACCUGAAGAAUGUAAGUGAAAAAUGAAAAUAGAGCUAUAAUGAUAGUUUGAAAAUGAGCAUUGGUUAAGAUCUUUAAAACCAUGAGUGGUCUUUCACUUGUUUUGAACAGAAGAAAACUACAUUCUUAAAACUCUUCCAAAGUAUUUGAUGCAUUCUUACUGAGAAGUUUUAGACAGUUCCUUGAAAAGCCACGGCUGAACCAGAAAUCAGACUGAGCUUUUGCUAGGUAUAAGGAGGAGCUUGAGUGUCCCAGGGGGGCUGUCUGCAGCAAAGCCACCCAGUCCAUUCAGUAGAGCAGGCUUGGAACAUUUUCUACCCCACUCCCCAGGCUGCCAGAGAGGUACCUGACCUCACAAGGUCUACUUACAUCAUAGCCACAGAGGGUAGUAUUUUCAUAGCUUCAUCUUUCCACAGUUGUCAAUCGAGAGUUAGAAGAGCUUUUAUUUUGAUAGAAAUAAUUUACCCUACAGGGUGCCAACCCUUUUUCUUUCCCUGUCUUUUUAACCAAGCAUAGAAUGAGGAGGCCCAUAGAAAUAAUGAAAUGCUUGCUUAUGCUGGCUAAGAACUCACGUUGUUCACUCAUCUAGUAUUUAAACCUAGUGGGGUUGAAGACAGUGUUGGGGAACAAAUGGAUAAGCAUAAAUUUUAAAUAUCUACUGAGACCUGCUCGUGGGGUGGGUAGGAAAGAUGCCACCUCGGCCAGGUGGUGGGGCUUCCCCUGUGCGUUCAAGAAGGAUGCACAAAGCAUUCCAGAAUGUCCCCUCUAACAGAGAGAUGUCAAUCAGGUAAGGAGGGAAAGCAAUGAUUUAUUCUGGAGUUUUUCUAAGUUUAAGUUAGGAGAAAAACCAUUAUGGUUGUAUGGGAGUGUCUGCUUUGUCUUUUCUUCUCUUUUACUUGCUAUAUUCAGUGUCAGGCAGAGUACUCAGCAAAGUGUGUGUUCUGUAUAUAUUUGUCGAAUGAAUAAAUAAGAGGAUUCUGGCACAUAAUUGUAAGAACUUUCUGGAAGAUGAAAGGAUUCUUUGGCAAAAUGAUUUCUUUAUGCUGUAAAGACAAAAGACGCUUAUCUUCCAGCCGGCCUCCUCCUUUACGCCCUGCCAACCCCCUCCAGUUCAUACCUCUCUGGCUGGCGUAUCUCCAGGUUGUAGAAGUUUAGGAGGAGUGAAGGUGUGUGGCCUCCUAUUUCUGAAAGGAAAACCCCAGUGUUGUGUAACAGUGUUUCAAGGGCCCUUUCAUAAUAAACACAAUACUAAACACAGCCAGAACAAGUUUAUUUUGCAUUAAUAAUCCAACAUUUUACAGUGCUGAAUUGAGGUGCAGAACUAGGCCUUGCUGGCGACACAGUGAAAUAUGAAAAAUAGAGUAGAAAGUUUCAUCCAGAAAGCUGUUUCUUCUUGGCCAGCCAUCUGAUUUCUUCAAAGUUUUGGAAUUUUGUACAAGUUUAGAUCUUUAGCUAGCAGUAGAUUAAAGGAUGUUUGUGCACAAACCAAAUAUAAUUUAUGUUUCUUGAUUUCGAGCUCAUGUUUCUGUUCCAGGUAUAUAAAAGAUACCACAUAAGAAAAAUCUCAAUUACAGUGGGAUAAUGCGUUUGGUUAGUAGGUUUCCUUUUAUGAAGCAUGGUAGUUUAGUGGUUAGUUUUUGAACUUGCACCAUUCAGACCUGCCAUUCAAUGAUGUACCAUCCUUUGUGUUUGUCCUUGGGAUAAAAUGACUCAGACCACUAAGUGGAUGAUUUUUCACCUGGAAACUGGUAGUAACUAGUUUCCUCUGAGACUCAGUAGUGAAAUAAUUCAUGUAAAGCACCCAGAACAGUCAUACAUGUAGUAAGUGUAGAUAUCAGAUGUGAUAAAGCCCGUGCUGCUGGAACAAAAAUGCAGUGAGUCAAAGGAAAUAUUGCUGAGUGUUGUGCUCCUGUGACUAGGUGAGCAUGCCCGGAUUGCAGAACUGUCUCGGUCCCUUCAGAGGUUCAGGGACCUGGGUUCCUUCCACGUUGUUGCUCCACCUACCUGCAUCUUAGAGCCCAUCUCCGUCACAGAUAGGCCAUGGGCAUUCCAGUCCUGGCCCAGAGGAGGGGAAAGAGCUCAGAGGCAUGCGCAUGCCCAGUGUGUUCAGACCAGCACCUAAAAGGCACACAUCCCUGCCACUCACUUUCCAUUGAUGAGAACUAAGUCCCAUGGCCACCUCCAGCUGCCAGAGGCUAAGACGUGGCAUUUCUAGCUGGAUGGCUGAUUACCGCUCAUUCACUGUGGAAGAAUGGAAGAACGGACUUGAGUGAGUAGUUAAUGCUGUGUGCCAAGGUGCUUAAUAAAUGUAACCAUUAUUUAUAUAUUAAAAAUAAUAUUUCAAAUAAAGCUCUAACUAUCCUUGUUCUAGGGCAAGAUAAAUUAAUGAACUAUUACAGCACAGAGUUUGUGUUUCCCAUAAGGUGGCAGGGUUUUUUGGUGUUUUUUUUUUUUUUUUUUUGGCAGGGGGUUCUUUAAGUAUUGAACCUCAAAUCCAGGUAAACUUCAAGGGAGAAAAGAGAGUUCAAAUAGAAAGGAGUGGAAGGGUGGGAAUGUGGGAGAGGAGAGAAGGCUGAUUGACCACUCUGGCUGAUAAAAAGGUCUGUACUGUGUGUUCAUACACUGCUGGCUCCACUCUCCAACUAUCCAUAAAAUACGUAACAGGUUAUUGUGAACCAUGAUCAUCCUGCUGUGCUGCAGAACUCUAGAACUUACUGUUUCUCACUGUGUUUGGGUACCGAUUAUGUAGCCUCCUACUCUCCCCUCCCCAGCCUCUGGUGAUGGACUUUUCUCUUUUUUAACAUCCUCCUGUAAGAGACAACAUGUGGUUUUUGUCUUCCUGUGUUUGACUUAUUUCACUUAGUAUAAUAUCUUCCAGUUCCAUCCAUCUGGCUACAAAUGAUAGAACAUCAUUCUUUUUUAUAACCGAAUACUAUUCCAUUAUGUAUAUCUACCACAUUUUCUUUCUCUAUUCCUGUGUUGAUUGGCCUCUAGGUUGAUUCCAUAUUCUUAGCUAUUCUAAAUAGUGCAGCCAUGAACCAAAUAAUAACAAGGAGAUGGAACCAUUGAUCACCCUGAUUUAAUCAGUACAUAUUAUUUUUAUAUAUGCAUAUGUAUAUAUGCACUGCAGUGUAUCUCAGAAAAAUAUGUACAAUAGAAGUAAUAAAAAGUAAAUAUAGCAUUAAAAAAAAAGAAAGAAUGAAAGAGACCUGGGCUGUAAAUUAAACUUAACCCCUUAUCAGACCUGGCAAGGACAAAGUACACUGGCUUCUAAAGAAACUUUCUGGGAGCAGCAGUUUUUUUAGAGCACAAAAGAGAAGGCAGAAGGCAAGAGAAUCGCACAAGGGGAAACGUGCACCUCCAGUUUUCUCUUUGAAAGAUCAGCUUUGUUCUAUGAAAAGAAAAAAAAAAAUCACAUAUAUACUCGUCAAGAUUAUCUCUGACUUGUCACUAUUGCCCAAGAGAAAACACAGGUGAGAUACACCAGUUUCUGCAUUUAGAAGAAAGUACUUGAGGUAAAAAUUAACUAUUAAGUAAGCAACUUUUUUUUUUCAGCAGAAGAAGUGCACGAAUUCUUAAGCCUAGUUGUGAGUAAAGAGCCAGGGUUACUGCAAAUAUUAUUAAAUGCUUAUAAAUGCUCACGGGCUUUUUUCUUGGACACUUAGCAAUUGCUAAAAACAAUUAGAAGGCCUAAGAUGAUGUCUUGGCUUGAUUGCCUGGGAUUUUUUUUUUUAAAUCUGCAAUUUUAGGCUUGCCAGGUAAUAUACACAGGAGCUUUCUUAUCAGAGUAAUGUUCCUGUGUUUGAUAACAAGGUGAUCUUUAAGAGAAGGCAUCUGCCUUUGAUUUUAUAAGCAGCCUGUGGCCUAACUGCUGAAAACAGCUGCAGUUAUUUUAAACAGAUGGUUCCAAGUUAAUAGGGAAGAAAGUAAAAGUGAGUUACCUUCUCAAUUUUUAACCGCCCCCCCCCCACCCCUGCCAAAAACAAUGAACGGAAUACACUUUGGACCAAAUUUUAUCUAAAUGCUUAUUUAUAAGGAGCAACUUCUGAGAAACUGGGAUUUGUAGAUUGAUCUGUUAUCUGAAGAUUUGGUAUCUUUAGAGAGUGGUAAAUGGUGGUGACGUUGUUACUGUCACUAGUUUGGUCUGUGCCAGAUCACCAAGAAGAAAGAAUGCAGGAUGAUGGUAUUUGUAUUCUUAUGAUCUCUAGACUCUGCAGGUGUCUUGACUAGUAGUUAAUAUGCUACUUUUCUUUCGUUUCCGGCAUUGAAGAUAAUGAGUAUUUUGAUACUGCAACAAUGAAUUCAUGCUUAGAAAGGAUUUUGAAAAGAAAGGUAUUUCUUCAGUUCACAGAUGCUGGUACCCAUGUGAAUAGGGUACAAAAAUAGUGGUUGAGUCCAACAGAUAAAGAUGAUGAGUAUCCUGAGUUUUUAAAUUGUGAAAUACAAGGUUGUUGAAGAUUUUUUUAAAAUUGCUUCUCAUCAGUGGUAACUUCACCUGGUUCUUUUAUGUCAUCUGUGUACCCUUGUGUCUGCAAACCACUCUGAUUCUUUGUUUGACCUACACUGUUUCAGGGUCUCACCACAAAUGAUAUUCCUUAGGUUUUCAUGGGCUAUGGAUGUAAGCUACUUGUUUUUGCCUGUUUGAAUGAAAAGGAGUAGACUAACUCAAACAAAAUAAUCAAAUUAUAGACUAACCAUUGGCCAGCUGUGGCCUUUAGGGAUGAUUUUGUCUAAGAAGGUUCCUCACUUUUUUUUUUUUUUUAAAGGUCGUAAAGGAAAAGAAGGUGAAGAAAAAUAUGAGCAGACCAUGUGUAAGCCUACAAGGCCUAAAACAUGAACCAUCCAGCCCUUUACAAAAAAUUCUGCUGCCUGCUGUCAUGGAUAAGGACCAUGAUUAAGGGCAUUGCUUUGGGGCCAGAUGCUGGCUUGUCCAUUUCCAGGAUGUCUUGGGCAUGGAAGAGGAGGUGGUUUGUGUUACGCAGUGGCCGUUUGACUGGAGAUCCAGAUGUCCUGGAGUAUUACAAAAAUGAUCAUGCCAAGAAGCCCAUCCGUAUCAUCGAUUUAAAUUUAUGUCAGCAAGUCGAUGCUGGAUUGACAUUUAACAAAAAGGAAUUUGAAAACAGCUUCAUUUUUGAUAUCAACACCAUUGACCGGAUUUUCUACUUGGUAGCAGACAGUGAGGAGGAGAUGAAUAAGUGGGUCCGCUGUAUUUGUGAUAUCUGUGGGUUUAAUCCUACAGAAGAAGAUCCCGUGAAGCCACCUGGCAGCUCCCUGCAAGCACCAGCUGAUUCACCUUUUGCUAUAAAUACGGCACCACCAUCUGCCCAGGUGGAUCCAUCCUCCACAGCUCUACCUCCUUCCUAUCAGCUAAUCAGCCUUCCACCACACCCGGAAACUCUUGGCACCCAGGAGGAUCCUCAAGACUACCUCUUGCUGAUCAACUGUCAAAGCAAGAAGCCUGAACCCACCAGCCAUGGGUCAUCUUUUGUUUCUGAAGAAGGAGAGGAAUACCUACUACUAGAAGAUUUUGAAAGCAAAACGAUUCCAUUGCAAACCCACGCCGAUUCUGCAAAAUCCACCUCUUCUGAAACAGACUGCAAUGAUAACGUCCCUUCUCAUAAAAAUCCUACUUCCUCCCAGAGCAAACAUGGAGUGAAUGGCUUUUUUCAGCAACAAAUGAUGUAUGAUUCUCCACCGUCACGUGCUAUGUCUGUCUCUGUGGACUCCAGUCUUUACAACCUGCCCAGGAGUUACUCUCACGACGUUUUGCCAAAGGAGUCUCCAUCGAGUACUGAAGCAGAUGGAGAACUUUAUGUUUUUAACACCCCACUGGGGACGUCCAGUGUAGAGACUCAAAUGAGGCACGUUUCUAUUAGUUAUGACAUUCCUCCAACACCUGGUAAUACUUACCAGAUUCCACGGACAUUUCCAGAAGGAACCUUGGGACAGACAUCCAAGCUAGACAAUAUUCCAGAUAUCCCUCCACCUCGGCCACCGAAACCACAUCCAGCUCAUGACCGAUCUCCUGUGGAAACGUGCAACAUCCCACGCACGGCCUCAGACACCGACAGUAGUUACUGUGUCCCUACCACAGGGGUGCCGCCGUCACGUAGUAAUACCAUUUCCACCGUGGAUUUGAACAAAUUGCGAAAAGAUGCUAGUUCUCAAGACUGCUAUGAUAUUCCACGAACAUUUCCCAGCGAUAGAUCUAGUUCACUUGAAGGCUUCCAUAACCACUUCAAAAUCAAAAAUGUAUUGACAGUGGGAAGUGUUUCAAAUGAUGAACUGAACGAAAACUACGUCCCAAUGAAUCCCAACUCGCCUCCACGACAGCAUUCCAGCAGUUUCACAGAACCCAUUCAGGAAGCCAAUUACGUGCCAAUGACUCCGGGGACAUUUGAUUUUUCUUCAUUUGGAAUGCAAGUGCCUCCUCCUGCUCAUAUGGGCUUCAGGUCCAGCCCAAAGACCCCUCCCAGAAGGCCAGUUCCUGUUGCAGACUGUGAGCCACCCCCAGUGGAUAGGAACCUCAAGCCCGACAGAAAAGGUCAAAGUCCUAAAAUUUUAAGACCCAAACCCCAUGGUUUAGAGCGAACUGAUUCACAAACCAUAGGUGACUUUGCUACAAGAAGAAAGGCCAAGCCUGCACCUUUAGAAAUAAAACCUUUGCCAGAAUGGGAAGAAUUACAAGCCCCAGUUAGAUCUCCCAUCACAAGGAGUUUUGCUCGAGACUCCUCUAGGUUUCCCUUGUCCCCACGGCCGGAUUCAGUGCACAGCACAACGUCAAGCAGUGACUCACAUGACAGCGAGGAGAAUUAUGUGCCCAUGAACCCCAACCUGUCCAGCGAAGAUCCAAAUCUUUUUGGCAGUAAUAGCCUUGAUGGAGGAAGCAGUCCUAUGAUCAAGCCCAAGGGAGACAAGCAGGUGGAGUACCUUGAUCUAGAUUUAGAUUCUGGGAAGUCCACACCACCGAGGAAGCAAAAGAGCAGUGGCUCAGGAAGCAGUGUGGCGGAUGAGAGAGUGGAUUAUGUCGUGGUUGACCAGCAGAAGACCCUGGCUCUCAAGAGUACCCGGGAGGCCUGGACGGAUGGAAGACAGUCCACAGAAUCAGAAACACCAACCAAGGGUGUGAAAUGAAUAUAUCACCUUGCCAUUUCUGAACAAAAGAGAACCGAAUGUAGAGAGAAAUCCUGUUUGAAAAUGACGUGACGCUUCUAUGCUAACUAGAUCCUCAAGUGAGCGGAGUUGAAGUCAAGGGACCCGUCAUACAUAAUCAAGCAGUUGGGAUUGGAAAUGGUGCUUUGUGGUAUCUGAACAAUUUGUAACAUGUAAAUAAUGUGGAAAAAUAGUCUCAUUUAGCUCCCAGAGAAACAUUGGUCCCGUGGUUAACACAUUUGUAGUAUUACUGUAUUUAUGCACUUUUUCAUUUAAAACAUUGGUUUGGGUCUUCUCGAUGAACCUUAGUGGAAUUCCUUUGGGAGUUCUUGUUUUUUUCUCACACUACUCUCUAUAACAAAUACUAAGUUAACUAAGCUACUUUUAGAUCUGGAAAUUGCUGUUGAAACUACAGUCUAACAACAUGAAAAUGAGAAGUAGGAUCCCAAAUUAGCUUUCUACCUGACAUUACAGGUGGUAACCAUUAGCUUGAACUACCAAGUCCUCCACUGCCUUUCAGUAUGCUGAGGAUAAUGUAUGUAUUGGUGUCAGGACCUAGUUCUCUGGUUCAUGUACAUUUAGUUUUUAAUGGAGGGACUUUGUUGUAUUUUGUUAAUGACAGUGUUUUUGGUUCAUUGAGUGAAGAUUCUGCCGGGUGGGAUCUUGCACCUUUGAAAGACUGAAUAUAAAUUACACUAUCAAGUAACCCUGAAAAAUCAUUGACAGCGUGCAGUGAUGACAUGCUCUUAUGCUUGUUAACAUGUUUGAGCAUUACUUGCAAAAGGUAGAUAAUAUAACUAAUCAGGUACGUACCGGGCACUGAAGUGCUAAUACACUGAUCAGGUUUAGACAAUGAGCUUUAGUUGUGUUGUUCUUCAUCCUAAAUAUUGGUUUCCAGUGUGGAGUUAAGGAAACAGUUGACAUUCACUGUUAGUAAUAGCAACAUACUGUGAUUCUUAAUUAGACAGUAAUUGAGAUUUAUUACUCUUAAGAAUGAAAUUCUAUCUUUUGACACCAUAGUGCCCUUUCUAUGAUUUUAUUUUACUUAAUAUUCUUCUUGGCCUUAUAUUUAAAUUCCUAUGCAAUUAAUGUUUUAUAUCUUCAUUUAAAAAAAAAUAGAUGUUAUAUUAGUGAUUCUCAUGUAGCACCUGUUGUUUUUCCAGUAAAAGAAUUUAGGAUUUUGUACUGUGAUUUUCUUCACUGCCCCUGUUCGUGAAAUAUCAGAGCCUUGCUGUAAUGUGAAGUUUUCUACCCACGGACCCCUUCCAACCAGAUUUCCAAAACCACCAGAGGAAUGGCGUAAUUCUAUCUCACCUAUAACAUGGUCCUGUGUCACAGAUGUCAAGACCACAAACUGUAGUGAGACUACAGUUAUAUUCAUCUUUCUUGGCUUUGCAACACACUUUAGAAAGCAGAUAUAGUUGUUUGGGGUUCUUUUUUAUUACCUAAGUCACGGACAGUCUCUUAUGUAUUGAUUUCAGACUUACAGCUUUUGGGGGGGCAUAGAAAUGGGGUGCCCACCACUGAGGCACAACCCACUCCAUUCAGACCUCUCACUGUUGCCUGAGUACACAGAUGUGCCCUGAUUUCUGGCCCUUUGGCCCUAGUACUGUGCCUGAUCCAUGUGCUGGGUUAACUUCCCCAGUCCACAAACUAUGUGCUAAUUACAAGAUGAAUUGUAGACUAGUAACAUGUGAUGCUUUUAAAUGUUUGCUUUAUUUUAAACAAAAACUAAAACCCAGAACUGAAUUUUGAGGUGGAUUUUUAAAUAAAAAAAGAUCUGUUUGAUUUUGGUGUGCAAGCUGUUUUAUAAUAAAACCACAAAAUAAAAAUCUAAAAUCAUUGAAAUGUGCCUAAACUGUCAAAACACACAACACAGUUGAUGUGUAAAGGUACACCAUUGACAUUUUACCUGGAGGAGGAACGUAUUUUGAAGUUUAAAACCCAGUAACAAAUAUGUGAUAAAUUCAGAAAUAAAAAUCUUUCCUUAAACCUGCCUAUCUGGAGGGUCCAAAGCCAUUAUGAAUGUUUUCAGUGUAGUUUCUCAACUUUUUUACAAGUUACUCACCAUUUUUGUAGAUCUACAACACUCUGUUUUUUUAGAAUUCUUACCAUUAUGCUGAAGAAUGGAGGGUCUCGGGGAUGUAGCUCAAUAGUAGAUCAUGUACUUAUUAGCAUGUGUGAGGCCCUGGUUCAAUCUGCAGCACCAAAAAAGUAAGAGAAUUGAAAUGUUAUUAUAAAGUUAGUUUGCUUUAAAAAACUAAAUCACAUUAAACUCUGUAUUAACAAAUUAAAUUAAAAGAUGGUUUCUUUAUAGAACUUUGUUUUUCAAACAUUUUUCAGGACUAGAAUAUUUUUAAAUUUUUAAUGUAUUAUUUCAAUACAUACAGCCCCCAAGGUAGAUUUUAUCUGUAUAAAUAUUUUUCAAGUUUCUGCUUAUGUUAAAUUGUUAGUUCAUUACUAUGAAAAACAAGAUUUCUGAAUAACACAAAUGUGGAGUUAUGGUGGAGGAAAUCUUAGCGGUUUGUGUGCUAUCAAUAAAACACGAAUAUAAGUGCUUAUAAUAACAGUCCAAAUACACAUCUCUGGAGGAGUCUUUAAUUAGAGAUAGCUGAAAUUAUCUUCCAAAGACUAUAUAAAGAUAUAAAUUAUCUUGGUAGUAGAAGUUAACACAUAAGCAGUCUCCAGUGUGGUAAAAUAAGGUAUGUGUUAGGAUGUGUGGUUUUAGUAAGUUUUUAAAUAUGCACUUAAACUAAAUUGAAUGAUAUCCUUUUAACUCACCCAUAAAUCACCUCCAAGAAGCUAGAUUUCAGGGAGGCAUGGGAUGAAAACCACUCAUUACCCAUGUGAUGUUAGAGAUCAGAAAUCUUUCCCCACAUUUGAUGUUUCAUAUCUUGUAUUCCUUAUUUGACAAAAUUUUAAGGUUUUUUAAAUUUUAUUUAUUGAUUGAUACUGGGGAUUGAACCUGGAGGUGCUUUACCACCAGACCACAUCCCCAGACAUUUUUAUUUUUAUUUUGAGACAGAGACUAAGUUUCUAAGUUGCUGGGAUUAUAGGUAUGUGCCACCAUACCCAAGACAAAAUUGUAAGAUCUUAUAUAGGUUUGAAUGCCAAAACACAGUUCUGCUUUCAAAAGUCAAAACUCAUACUUUAAAAAUUGAAGCUAUUUAACCCACAGCAGGUAUCACUCACGCUAUACAAGAUGUUUUAAUCUACACUCUAGUUUAUACACUUUUACUGUGAGCAUUUUAGAGAAUUCCAUAAAGGUACUAUGGGUGUGUUUAAUCAGAUACUAAGUUUAAUUUGAUAUAGAAAUGCUGUUGUACAUUAAGGUCAUAAUUUCUUCUGGAGUUUUUAUAUUUAAUUAAUGGGGUUCACAAUCUUCCUGUUCACAAGUGUGUUUAAACUGGAAAUUGAAUACCAGUGUUGUUUUUCUUUUUCUACUACUGGAGAGUUGUCUGCUUUCCCCCUACGGAGAAAACAAUACUUUUUAAAUAUUUUGUUAAAAUGUUAACUACUAUAUGCUUAUUUACUGUGCCAUAGAUUCUGAUUGUAAUUCUCUGUUGUUCUCGAAAACUCUUAAUGCCUCCUUCCUUUGGUCCACUCCAAGUGUGAAUGACUGCAAAAUUUUUGAGGCUUUACAAUGAGGUGCCCCUGUCUGUGGAUCAUUCUGGUAGGUCUCGCCCUCUGCUGUCGGGUAGCCAGGUCAGUGACAGGGUUGUAUACGUGGCCAAAUCAUCUGGGUUUUCAGAGCAAGAAAGAGACAUAUAUCCCAGGAUAACAGUUACUUACAGUCACACUUGAUGUUAUGCAUAAAUUUUUAUGUGAUUUUAAAUACUGAACCAUGAGAUGAAAUGCCACAGUGUAAAUGAGUAUUGAUGGCAUCAUGGACUUGAAAAACAAUGUCAUAUUAUUGAGAUAAUUGUUUUCAGUCUUUCUAAAUAUGUUUAUGUACUACUAUGAUUUGAAAUAAUUUAGUCUGUCUUCCCUUCCCAUAGAUUUAUUUUUGUUUAGGUUCAGUAUAAUCUCUGAGUUUCUAUAAACUAACUCACCAGGGGAUUAACAUAGUUUCUACUUCCUUUACCUAAGGAAGACAAAGUUCUGACCGUUCUGCAUGAGCUCUGGAACCUAAGUUGAUUAUUGAUGUCUUCCCACAUUUCAGCAGCAAAAUCUUAUGUAUAAAUUUACUUCUCCCCUUUUGCACAUCUUCUUUUGUAAAGAUCCAAUUGUAGAUAUUUUAUGCUACCCAAAUAAAAACUUUCAAACA